CUCGUGCGAGCAAUUUGCGUUUGCAAGCGCCGACUUUCUGGCGUCGCAAAAAAUCUUAUUUCCGGGAAGACCUACGCUUGUUAAUAAGAAUCCUGUAGUUGCAAAUUGUUCCCAAACUAUCUCCGCGUGAAUUUAUGCGACAAAAGAGUGAAGAUACAGCAGUGGUUCCAGCGAAUUGGCCACCGGUUUCUCCGUUUCGAGAAUUCUCGACGGCUUGUGUGGGGGAAACGCGCGGCUCAGCCAGGAUUGGAGAGCUAGAAGGUGUCUAAGGCGAUGGAGGAGGAGCCAAUUGCCAUCGGCAAUGAUGGCCAGGUCAUUAUUUCUGACCAAAUCGGACACCAGACGCAGGGUGUGGAUGGCGUUAAAGCCGCAAAUCCGUUUAGCAGAAACACUAAUCCGGGGUCAAGGGAAGGCGGCAUCCUGCAAAGCUUCGAGGCAGAGAGGCGGCUCAUCGCGUUGGUACGCCGCCAGCCGAUUUUGUAUGAUGCCCGGCAUCCGAGAUUCCACGACGUCGCUCACAGGGAGGAACAAUGGCAGAAAAUCGCCCGCCGCCUGGCAACGGAUCUGACCAAUUGCCUGACGGCCUGGUCGGAGCUGCGUUACAGAUUCCAGCGCCAUGUGCGGCGUCUAAGGGCCUUCCAUCGCAGUGCCACGCAAAGCCAUCGGACGGUCCAGCGUCGGCGUCCUUGCAUGCGGCACGAGGAGGAGCUGCACUUCCUGUAUUCCCAUGUGGCCAGAUUCCCACUAAUUGUGGAGAAGGCGCAGCCGACAGAGAUUGCGGAAGCGGCAACGACAGAAAAGGUCGUUGAGAGUGAAAAACGGCCCGAUGUGGAGAUCGUGGAACCACCGCCAGUGGACAUCAUAGAUGUGGAUCUCGAGGAGGACGCCACCUAUCACUACCGUUGCACCAAGGACGAGCGACGUCUCAUAGAGGCAGUCCAGGCCUAUCCCCUUCUGUACGAUUCCACGCGCACGGGCCAUCACAACAGACGACAUCGCGGCUUAGUUUGGGGUGCCAUUUCCAACGAACUCCAUGACAAAGCCACCAAGCUGAUGAAGAGCUGGCUGAAGCUGCAGACUCGCUUCGAAUGGGAGCUGACCCAUCGCCCUUCACUGGUCGUCACUUCGGAGCUGUGCCAGCGGAUGGAGUUCAUGCAACAGCACGUACAGCGCCAGCGCGGCACCGUAUGCAAGACUUCCAAGUACCUGCGAAAAGAAUGGCACGAGCCCAUCGAGCACUUCCGCAGCGUGAUGGCGCUGAUCAAUACGAUGCGCAACAUGCCCGAACUAGUGCAGCUGACGGACGACUCCCUCCACUACGAGGUGAAGCCGCCGCGCUACGACGAGUUCUGGCAGAAGGUCGGUUUGGAAGUGAUGUGCAGUCACGAGAGCUGCGAGGUCACCUGGCUGGUACUGCGCUGCUUCCACCACGAAUUGCAGGCGAUGCGCUUAGCCGGCUAUCAGCUGCAGGACAAGUGGUAUUUUGAGAACGCCCUAAGCAGUAUCUUUAAGCAUGUUGCCUCUCAUUCCACGACCCGUCACGCCGUAAAACGCAAAGCCAACGGCACAAUAGCACUGGCGGAGGUGCCCCCGGCCAAAAAACCAGUGCCGCCACGUCUGCCACUGGCUAUUGUCUACCCGCCCACCUCAAAAGGCAGCAGCACGACUAUGACCAGCAGCACGAGCACUGCCACAAGCAUUGGCCCCACCCUCACGAAUGUCAGGAACUCCUGUGGCCCAGCCAUCAACAACGCGUCCACCGCCGCCGCAACCAGCAGCGUCAGUUCAAGUGUGUCGGCCGAUCAAGCUGUUCCCGCGUUUGUGAUUCCCAGGAUCACGUCCGCCAUCAGUGUGGGCCAGGCCAAUACGACACCCCUAAAGCUGCCGCCCACAUUACGAAUUGCGCCCAAAGCGGCGGUGGCCAUGGGAAUGGGCGUGUCUCCCGUCGUCAACACCAAUCAAAUGCCGGGCUCAAAUGCAAAACCGGCUGAGAUGCGUCCACAGAUCCCCCAGCGUCCCGGUUUGCAGGUUACGCUCCUUACGAAGCCGCAAAUGCCAAAACCCCCGCAAAUGGCACCAGCAGUACCCCGCACUGCAAUUCGAACGAUAAAUCCAACCAAUCCAGCUCAACCACAACCGAGGGUCUCCGGAGGACCAAUGUCGGCACUGGGAGCACUGCUCGGCGGAACGCAUAGGCCGCAACAUCCAGCGCCAUUACAUCCACCAGUUCCGAAACCGACACUGCCCAAUUUGGUACCAAUAAUACCAUCGAACAUCACAGCUAACAGCAACCUGCCAACAGCCCCAGCGGCUCCUAUGGUUCGAAUACACCAGCCGGGACUGAAAAGCGGUUGGGAUGGCAGGAGCAAUAGCGCUCCGGCCAGCAAACCAAUGGGAUCACUAGCAGCCACAUCUGCGCCUGCAGCAGCUCCUGUCGCACCAACUGAAGAACCAGCGAGAGCCAAAACAUCACAAACAAAGUCCAAAUUGAAUGCGGUGCCAGCAACAAUAGCGGAUUACACCAAAAAAUAUCGACCAAUCGUACCGGCAGUCCCUGCAGCAAUCAGGACGACCAAGCCGGCAGCAGAAACUGUACCUCCUCCUCUAAUCGGCGCUGGACAAACAGGGCGAGUCGUAAAUAAAACGCCAUUAUUUACUAAAUCAGCAACACAAGCUGCAUGUGCCACCUCUGCAACACAAGCUGCAUCGGCCACGUCUGCAACACAAGCUGCAUCUGCUACACAAGCUGCAUCUGCAACACAAGCUGCAUCUGCUACACAAGCUGCAUCUGCCACACAGGGCACAUUAGCAAGUCAGGCUAGAACUGCGACAGCAGCAGUAGACAUUUCGGACAAACCGGCACCAGUGGCCACACCAGUCAAAUUGCCGACAGUGGCCAAGGCAACAGCGGUGUCGCAGUCAGAUAAGGAAGCAAGCGCAUCCCUGGGCAGUCAGCCGGAGCAGUUGCCGGUGGGCGACAUAACCGUGUGUCUGCAGGAGAAUGUCGCCACUGGAAACCUUCUGCAGAUUUGGUGCGGCAACCAGCCUACGCGGUUUAAUCUGAAUAUGGUUAGAACGGCAACGCUGAUCCGCGAGGUGAUGGCUGUGCCGCAGCUGCACAAGGAGGAUCCACUAUUGGCGACCAAGUGCGAUGAGUUCUGGAAGGUUAUCGCCAAGAAGUUCCACAUGCCAGAGGAAGCUUUGCGCGCAUGCUGGAAAUUCUUGGCGGACAACAUGAGUGUGUUUCCGAUGAUUGCGCCGAUGUCGGAACUGAUGCGACCGUUUAGGGCCAGCGUAAAGGUGUGGGAAAAGUCACAUCGCUUGUUUAGCAAAUUUGACGAGAUAGCACGAAAGUACAAGUGGAUGAAUCACAAGGACGUAUUGCCGGACGUAAUACGCCACUUCGCGAAGCACGAGCACCUCUACUGGGAGAUGCGCAAGCCGCGACCGGGCGAAAAGACCCAAGCUCCACACCACUUCACGGAUCAGGAGAAACAGGAGGUGUGGCGGGAGGCGCGCGCUAAAUUCCCAAAUCUCAAUCAUCGGGACAUUUGGUCAAUGUUUAAGUUCGCAUUCCGCACGUACAUGGAGGAUCUGGAGCGCGGCGUCGAGAAUCCCUGGCCACAAACCUGGUGGCAGGCACUGGAGCAGCUAAGGUUUCUGGCCAAUGUGCGCUACCAUCCGCUCGAACCCUACUACUAUAUCGUGCACAACAAGAUCUCAGAGGAGGUGAAGCGCUGUAGCAUGUACGAGGCUCUGAUGUCCGCCGAUCCUACCGAUAAGAUCAAACCCACACCCGCAAGCCUUUUAAAGCGCCUUUCCAGGACAACCAUGCCAUGGGAGACGGAGGAGGCCAAGCGCUUGCUUACCGGCAAGUUGGAUGGCUUUAGAAACGCUAUUACCGUCAGUCAACUUGCUCCUGCUUCUGCUUCUGCUCCUGCUUCAGCUCCUGCUCCUGCUCCUGCUCCUGCUCCAGCUCCGGCACCCACUGCUCAACCUAUUCCUGUACCUGAUGACGUUUCCGUGUCCACAAAGACACCCGAGAGCAAGGCAGCGCCAAGCGCCACCGUCAAACCUCACAAAAGCUCGACCGCCCAAAAACGGCAGUCACUUGCGAAAACUGUUACCUGCAAUCUACCCCCCAUAGAGGCGUUUGAGCUGACCAAAGUCCUGCGCAGCCAACCACACACCUUCGAGCAGGCGAGCACCAUUGACAAGCGCACCGCUUGGGUUCGCGUAUCAAAGGAGUUAAAUGCCACAGUGACCGAAUGCCGCUUAGGACUGCAGUACGCCCUGCGCGAGAUGCGCAAUCUGAAGAUCGCCGAUCCAAUGAAUCAAUGUGCCAUGGGCCACAAGUACUUCCACCACAUGUCGGAGAUCUAUAAGCAGGUGAAGCCGAACGGCCAGCUCAUAGUCCGCACGCCACAGCAGCUCAAUCAGCUAAACCAAUCGCCUGCGGAGGUAACUCAGGAAGUUAAACCGCGCGGAUUCCUGCCCGAAAUCAACUUGACCACCUGCAGCCCGGAUCUCGUGGUGAAGAACUGGGCCCACGCCGUCGGUAACUUGUCCGCGCCCAGUCAGGACACACUGUUCGUCAAGCUGACGCAGGUGUUCUCCAAAUACGCCAAGCAGGUCAAUCCGACACCGCCUUAGCGCUCCAAUCUUUUGGCACACGUAUCUGGAAGCUAUGACCAGCUAACUCUGUAAGAACUUUCGCCGUUCCAUUGACACACUCAUUGCGCACGUCAUUGUCAUUAGAGUACAUAUUAUUUAUAACAUUGUAAGAAACAUUUUUUUUUUAAGUCCCAUUUAGAAUAUCUUUUGAAUAAAUGGUAAUAAGUCCA